AUGGAUAAUAGUUCGGACGUGCAGCUGAUUAAUUUUGAGACCUUUGACACAGUGGCCAGUGUGGUCGAGGCCAUUGAUGCAGCUAUUUCAUCCGCUGUCAAGGACUUCAAUCUACUCGACGGUAACAAUGACGUCACUCACCCCGAUCCCCCGCUGAUCGAUCUCACUCAAGACAGCGAAGAAGAGUGUGAGCCCGGAGCAAGCGACGCUGAUUCCACAGCAGCUAACAGUCGCACUCAAGACAGCGAAGAAGAGUGUGUCCCCGGCACAAGCGACGGUGAUUCCACAGCAGCUAACAGUCGCACUCAAGACAGCGAAGAAGAGUGUGUCCCCGGUACAAGCGCCGGUGUUUCCACAUCGGCUAACAGUCUCACUCAAGACAGCGAUGCUAAUUCCACCACCGCUCAAGACAGCAAACAUGACAGCGGUCCUAAUUCUUCUUCAGACAACUUCGAUGACCAGACAGUUCCUGACUCUACAGAAUUAGAACCACCGAGAAAAAAAACUAAAAAGAGUCAUCACACAGCCCCUCCAAACACGCCCGUCAGUUUUUAUGGACAUGAUUCAGACCAUGACGCUGAUGACGAAUCCGACGAUGUGACUAUCUGCGGGGAGCCUCAACUCAACGGUUUGGAACGGAACUCUUGGACGCCAUCGACCUCAAAUGCUGGUCAUACACCAUACCACUAUCCGCAGGAAGAGCGAGAGAUCGAUGUUGAAGAACUAGGACUGAACCCCCAACCGAUCGAUGUCGCCGAUAACACUCAGAUGCGUAUGGUCGUUAAUACUGCUGAUCUGCAAACAUUGUGUUUAGAAAUACGCCGCUAUCGUGACGAUAGUGCAUUGGCGAACGCUAGAUUAAUUGAGGAACUAAUACAUAAUCGUGGGUUAAUAGAAGCGACGUACGCGGAUCUUUGCACAUUCCGCUUAGAGAUGCGUAGCAGAUUUGAUAUCCAAGAUCGUUUUAUUAUGGAUAUGUUCAAUGAACUAUUUUACCGUUUCCAUAACCAUAGGUAAAACGAUAGU